AUGGCGAGUCUUGAAUCUGUUCAGAUUCUUUCUGAAGCGGCGUUUGGUUGUGAACAUCUUGCCACAAUCCUGCAAGAUCAGUCGACUGCUGGCCAGUUCAAAAAUGGGUACCGCAAGCAAUUCGAGUCUCUGGCACCGUACACCAAGCCGGAGACCGCCGCAGUGCCCGCAAGUGGCCUGCGGACUGUGGCUACCCUGAAGCCAAAGUACCACUGUCUGACUUGCUCGGAAGUCUGUUUGAACUCGGAGCGCAAAGCACACACGAAGAAGACCGGUCACGUCUUCUACAUGGAGUCACGCAAUCGCUUCGUGUUCUGUGAGACUUGUGGAGACUUUGUCUACGACCAUGGCCUGGAACGGCUCUGUGGCCCUUCGGGCAAGUUUGAGUAUCAGGAUGGCAAAGGCCGAUGGACUGAAGACUCUGCUUCUGAGGUCUAUGUCAAGAAUAAUGCCUACAAGAAUCCUUGCUCCCGUCGUGGUGCUCGUGGUGUCUGGAACAUGGGACAGACCUGUUAUCAGGCUGUCAUUCUCCAAGCUCUCCUGCACGACCCCACUCUCAAUGCCUAUUUCCUGGCAGGAGGCCAUGACAUCCACACUUGCAAAAGACCUUUUUGCAUGGCAUGUGCAGCCACUGAAGUAUUCAUGGAAUUCAACAGUGGCGAGAAAACUGAUGCGGUGUCGGCUGCUACCCUCCUCUACCAUGGAUGGGAUGCGUCAAGAGAGAUGGCCGGCUAUCGCCAGCAAGACGCUCACGAGUACUUCCAAUUCCUCGUCAAUGCCCUCCACGCAGCUACACCUGGUCACACGGAGAACUACGACACCAAGUGCGAAUGCUUCUUCCACCGUACAUUCUACGGCGAACUUCGCAGCAGCGUGAUGUGCCAUAAGUGCGGCAAGACCACCCACACAUAUGACCCAAUGGCAGACUUGAGUCUCGAUGUGCAGCUGCAGAAUAAGAAGCGCAAGCUGGGACGAUCCACUGCGACUGGCACCGCCAACCUGGUUAGCUGCUUGGAGAAUUUCACCGCAGUCGAGGACCUGCAGCACCACACCGAGGCAGCAUAUCAUUGUGAGAAAUGUGGCAACACCCCGCAGCGAGCGUCGAAGCGCCUGCAAAUCAACAAGCUUCCGAGUAUCUUGUGCAUGCAAUUGAAGCGCUACGAGCACAACCAGGCCUCCUCCGAGAAGAUGGAUGGCCACAUUGAUUUCCCUAUUACCCUGAACAUGCUCCCCUACACCGUCAAGAAGGACAAGGAGCGUGUCGACAUGUCCAAAUACAUCUACGAUCUCUCCACUGUCGUGGUCCACCAGGGAUCCAUGGACUCGGGCCAUUACUACUCCUACACCCGUCUGGGAGGCGACAAGUGGGUGUUGAUGGACGACAACAAAGUGACUGUCGCCAGCAUCGCCGAUGUUCUCAAGCAAAAUGCUUACCUCUUGUUCUACGGCAUCCGCUCGAUCGACCCCGAGAAGUGA